AUGAUGCCCACAGCUAGGACAGGGCCUCUGGCGAAAAGGGUCGCAGCAGGAGCAGGAGUACUGACUGUUGCAGAGCCCAACGCAGCAGAACAGGCAUGGCAUUGCGCAAAGUUUGCUGGUGAAGCACACGUUUCCACGAUAUGCACGGUGCGCCGUUGCAACGCUCUUCGAGGGGAAUGGAGACAACGCCAAGAAGACCGUGGAUCGCCUCGAUGUGGCAGGUCAGCUGAUAGGGGACGGCUUGGUGCAGGGUCCAGGCCUGGCCCUGGCUUUGCGUCGUCGACAGCAUCAGCGCCUCCGCUCACAACCAUACAUGGGCGUAUUAUCACAGCCGCGGACGGAGGUUCCCAGCAGAUGGGGCGGUGGCAUGAAUGCAACGGAGGCAUUUGCUCGCCCGUCAUGCUUUCAUGCUUGCCCCGGCCGGCGUCACCAAGGCGGCCAGCAGCGUGCUCCCACUGUCUGUCUGUCUCUCGAAGCGAAGCGAACCCGACCCGCAGCCAGCACGUUGGCUGUUGUCAAUCGCAGCAUCAGCAGCAUCAGCGUCGACCAAAACCCAAGGCCAAGCUCCAAGCCCACGCACGCCGAGACCGGGACCAGCUCGCCAAGACGUCUGCGAGAAUGGACUACUGCCGCUCCAUUCCCGCCAAGAUGCAGCCCAUUGGCGGGCGCGGCAAGCCACAGGGCAGUGCAUCUUUUGUUUGCCACUUUCGGUGCGGAGAAAGUAAGCUUGUUUUUGGGCCAAGAAGCCACGCGCCCAGCCCCCAGACAGAGAGAGUCCAUGGCGUUCGCUGCCCGCCCGUGUCCUACGUGUGUAUGUUGCGUCUGUGGCCGGCCAGCCAGCCAGCCAGCCAGCCAGAUGGAUCGAUCGACCAAGACCGGGGCAUGACACCGUCCAACAAAGAUCCGAGAGACGUGGCGAGGUUCCAAAGGGGCCAGCCGCCCGACGUCGCUCCGCACAACGACGUUGCGUCUGCCGAAACCUUCGGGGCAGCACUUCCAAACCUUGAUUUGACUCGACCGUCCGCCGUCGACCAGACGCCUUCCCUCCCACUCUCCCACUCUCCCUCACUCCCUCCCAUCCCUCCUGGCUCGCGGGCAUGA